AAUGUAACGUGAUGUAUAUAGUUGUAUCCGGUAAUUUUUCGUAUAAAUUACCGUAUCCGGUUCAUCCCUUCUUUGAGAUCAAGGACACUCCUACGUACAUAUGCAUGUGCGCAUAUCUGGCGCUAGCUAUAGUGAUUAUAGUAUGCGGUUAUGCUGGACCAGAUGCUUUUGUACUCAGCAUGGCUCUUCAUGUUUGCGGUCAGUUUGCCGUUUUAUCAUGCAAAAUCAACCAUUUGUUAAGAGAUAAUGAGAAUUAUCAUUACCACAUCGGUAAUAUUGUGUUGAGACAUUACCACCUAAUAAGAUUAGCAGAGAUCUUAGAGAGCAAUUUCAACAUAAUAUGCCUACAGCAAACUCUGGGCACUUUAUUGUUGCUCUGUUUCACAGUAUAUCAUAUGAUUUUGGUGAGCUUUAUGAUUUGA